UGAUGUCACACGCAACCGAAUCAUAUCUAACUCCGACAUCAAACGGCUCUACAGCAUCCGCUACAACGUACCGAGAUUUGAGCCGCUUCGUCGUCGCUCUUCCCUCUCGCCCUUCCCUUCUCCCCCUUCCCCUCCUCUCUCUCUCUCUCUCUCGAGCUUCGACCUUUCUCUCUCUUCCUCCCCAAUGCUUUCCCAAACCCUAGUCCUCUCCUCGAAACCCUAGGACGCACAAUUCCCCACCUCUGCGAGCUCCCUCGAUGGAGGGCGACCCCCUCGACCGCCGCAAGCUCUGCGGCUUCCUCCGCGCCGUCCUCGCCGUCGCCGAGCCCCGAGACCCUGAUCCGCCUCCCCAAACCCCAGCGCGCGGCGCCCCGUGCGACCUCUUCGGCGAGGGCCCCAAUGUCGGGUUCCGAUCCGAGUGUGGGAUCUCGCUGGUCCCGAUCCGCGACGGCGACGGCGGGGCGGGGCCGGGGGAGGCGAGGAGUUCCGCUCCGGGCGACGGCGGGGCCUCGGCCUCGGCGGCGGCGUCGAGGAAGAGGCGGCGGAGGGGCGUGGUUGUGGUGAACGGGAGCACGAGCGUGGUGCACCAUCUCCACGCGCUGGUGGCGCACGGGUGCGUGGAGAUCGAGGCGAGGGUGCUGAGCGUUUCCGCUCGGGGAGAGGGGGAAUCGAGGGCGGUGGUGUUGGUCGAUGUGUUCUUGCCGAUCGCGGCGUGGUCGGGGUGGCAAUUCCCGUGGUCGCCGGCGGUGGCCGCUUCUGUAUUUAAGCACUUGAGCUGCAUGUGGGAAUUAAGAAAUUCUUUACUUAAUUUUGAAUGGGACUCUCCAGAUCAUACACAUGAUGAUGAUAAAUCCAUUUGGAACUGCUGUGACUGCCACGUCCUUGGAUGUGAGAUGCACAGGAGAACACCAUUAUCCAUUAAUAAAAAGUUAUUUGAUCUUCAUGAAAUAUUUAAGAGCUUGCCUAGUGUUGAUCUGGAAAAGAAAAUUCAUUAUAUUAGAGUAAAGCCCAAAGAUACAUCUAGAACUAAUGGAAUUUGGAACCUUCCUGAUGAAGUGUUGACAAGCGUGCUGACUCACCUUGGCCCAAGGGACCUAGUUAGGGUUUCAAUGACUUGUCGAUAUUUAAGGUUCCUGGCUGCAUCCGUCAUGCCUUGCAUGAAGCUUAAACUUUUUCCCCAUCAAGAGGCAGCUGUUGAGUGGAUGUUAAAGCGAGAGCGUAACCCUGAUGUUCUGGCGCACCCUCUGUAUAAGGAUUUCUGUACUGAGGAUGGAUUCUCUUUCUACAUGAAUACUACUUCAGGAAAAAUACAUACUGAAAAGGCUCCAACUAUUAAUGAUUUCCGUGGAGGAAUGUUCUGUGAUGAACCUGGAUUAGGAAAGACAAUAACUGCGUUAUCUCUUAUUCUGAAAACUCAAGAAACUUUGGCUGACCCACCUCAGGGAGUAGAUGUUACGUGGUGCAUGCAUAGACCCAAUCAAAGAUGUGGGUAUUAUGAAGUCGGUGCGGAUAACUUGAUCAGAGGUAACAUUAUGUCAACUUGGAAAAGGUUCUUGGGGAAAAGCGUACGAAGGGGGGAAGUCUCUUCUCCCCAACUUCCACUUGGAAUUAGUUCAGUUGAAAAUUCAAGAUCCUCCUCACAGAAAGGAGGUAGAUCGAUGAAUCAUGAUCGUCCUCUAGAAUCCGCAGCCUCUUCAUGUGGGAAGCCGACGAUUUCAUUUUGCGCUGAGACCCACUCAAUGCCACGCACACGUGUUCUUAGAUGCAGCAAAAGCUUGAGCUGUGUUAGGAGGAAUCUUAUGGACACAUUUGCCCAAGUUUCAGGCUGUGGCGAUAUCAGAAAGAAAAGAGACAAUGUUGUUAGUGACACAAGCUUGUUAGAUCUUGCAGAAAGUUGGCAUCCUUCAAAGCUGUGUACUGCCUUGUGCAACCAGCACAAGAAGCUGAGGCGAGAUAGCAGUUUUGUCUCCGAUUCUAGUGAGACCUGGGUUCAGUGUGAUUCUUGUAGAAAGUGGCGGAAGCUGACAGGCAGAAGUACACUCGAUGCUACAGCUGUAUGGUUUUGUAGUAUGAACACUGAUCCUUUCUAUCAGAACUGCGCAGCGCCAGAGGAGUCUUGGGACGUUAAAGAAACAAUAACUUACUUGCCAGGAUUCUCUACAAAAGGGACCCAACAGGGAAAAGAAGAAAAUGUGUCCUUCUUCACUAGUGUCUUAAAAGAGCAUUUUACAUCUUUCAAUUCUGAAACAAAGAAGGCUUUAAAUUGGUUGGCCAAUCUUCCUCAAAAGAAACUUCUAGAAAUGGAAACAGUUGGCGUGAGGCGAAGUUUAGAAUCUUUCCUAAGUGAAGAAACCUAUGGAUAUCAUAAGAUAUUUGAAGCAUUUGGUCUUGUAAGAAGGGUUGAAAGACGUAUAACUCGGUGGUGCUAUCCAUCCAAGCUCCAUGAUUUGGAGUUUGAUACAGUUGCACUUAGAAUUGCUCUUACCAAGCCAUUGGACUUAGUCAGGCUGUAUUUGUCUAAAGCGACCCUGAUUGUUGUCCCAGCAAAUUUAGUUGACCACUGGAAAAUGCAAAUCGAGAGGCAUAUUCAACCUGGGCAAUUGCGAGUUUAUAUCUGGGCUUCGGCUGAUCAGGAGAAGCCCUGUGCUCACAGUCUUGCAUGGGACUACGACAUUGUCAUCACCACAUUCAAUCGGUUAAGUGCAGAAUGGGGUCCACGUAAGAGGAGUGUGCUAAUGCAAAUACAUUGGCUUAGGGUGAUGCUAGAUGAAGGGCAUACUCUUGGUUCGAGUCUCAGCUUGACGAACAAAUUGCAGAUGGCAGUCUCGUUGGCUGCAUCAAGUCGAUGGAUUUUAACUGGAACGCCAACUCCAAAUACACCCAAUAGUCAUGUGUCUCAUCUUCAGCCAAUGCUUAAAUUUCUUCAUGAAGAAGCCUAUGGGCAGAAUCAGGAAUACUGGGAGGCCGGAAUUCAGAGACCUUUUGAGGUUCAGACGGAGGAGGGACGGUCUCGUCUUAUACAACUACUUCAAAGGACUAUGAUUAGUGCAAGAAAAUCUGAUCUAAAUAAUAUUCCUCCGUGCAUCAAAAGAGUAACUUUUCUAGAUUUUAAUGAGGAGCACGCGAAGAGUUACAAUGAAUUAGUUCUUACUGUUCGCCGAAAUAUUUUGAUGGCCGAUUGGAAUGAUCCUUCUCAUGUCGAAUCACUGCUGAACCCCAAACAAUGGAAGUUCCGAAGUAGAACAGUUAGGAACAUACGAUUAUCUUGUUGUGUAGCAGGGCAUAUUAAAGUAGUGGAUGCCGGUCAGGAUAUCCAAGAAACGAUGGAUAUACUAGUGCAGCAUGGUCUUGAUCCUCUUUCAGAAGAAUAUGCAUUUAUAAGAAUUUCGCUUUUGGAUGGAUGUAAUUGUUUCAGGUGCAAAUAUUGGUGCCGUUUGCCUAUUAUCACACCAUGUCGGCAUUUAUUAUGCCUUGGUUGCGUUGCUCUGGAUAGUGAGAAAUGUACUUAUCCGGGGUGUGGCCAUCACUAUGAGAUGCAGUCCCCUGAAAUACUAACACGCCCAGAAAACCCAAAUCCUAAAUGGCCAGUUCCUAAAGAUCUUAUAGAGUUGCAGCCAUCAUACAAACAGGAUGACUGGGAUCCCGACUGGCAAUCAACAUCAAGCAGCAAAGUUGCUUACUUGGUUGAAAAGUUGAAGAUGGUGCAGGAAUCUAAUAGAAAAUUUGGUUACUCUGCUAGUAUAGAUACCAAUAGUAAUGUACCUAUUAGUGUGUCAAAUGAUCGAGAGACUGGUUCUGAAACUGAUGGCAUGUCUUCUAGGACAUUGCCUGAAAAAGUGAUAAUAUUCUCUCAAUUUCUUGAGCAUAUUAAUAUCAUUGAGCAGCAGUUGACAAUUGCUGGCAUCAAAUUUGCUGCAAUGUACAGUCCUCUGCAUUCUUUCAAAAAGAUUAAGUCGUUGAUGAGCUUUCAGCAAGAUCCAAACUGCUUGGCAUUGGUAAUGGAUGGAAGUGCAGCUUUAGGCCUUGAUUUGAGCUUUGUUACACACGUAUUUUUGAUGGAACCUAUAUGGGACAGAAGCAUGGAAGAACAAGUGAUCAGCCGUGCUCAUCGGAUGGGUGCCACUCGCACCAUCCAUGUGGAGACAUUGGCGAUGCGGGGUACUAUUGAAGAGCAAAUGCUGGAAUUUUUACAGGAUCCUAAUGCAUGCGGAAGAGUGCUGCUCCAAGAAAACAGCAACAGUGACCUUGGAGGGGCCCGGACACAUCGUACUCUACAUGAUUUUGCUGAAAAUAAUUAUCUGGCUAAACUCGGUUUUAUAGAUACUGGUGUUAAAACGUAGCAAUUACUUGAGACUCUUGUAGGAAACGGGAAUGCAUUUGGUGUGGUUCAUCUUUCUACUCCGGCUGUCUCAUCCAUUGAAGUUUAACAGAUUUUCCAUUUCGAAGCCUGCUUUGGUUAUUGUUAAAGGAUUCGUUUCUUACACCUGCUUUUUAUUUUGCUUUGGGUAAGUUAUCAACUACAACUCAUCUGAAAUUACUCGGCACGUGUAUAUAUUAUUUUGUCGUGCACGACAUAUUCUUAAAUAACUUUAUUUGUAGGUAGCAGCAUUUCUUUCGGUGCAAGUGUAAUCUUUUAGUUUUUGAAGUUCUGUUGCUUACAUUUUUCACUUCAGGAGAAAAGGCUGAUGCAUUUGGAAAACUUGCACUUAAAGAGCACUCUACUGCAUUAUGAAAUUUACAAUUCUAUUUAUUGGGGUAAAUUGCAGUGAUGGCCCCUUAA